AUGCCAAAGGGAUUUACUGCAGUGGCAUUUACCCGCGGGCAAGAGGAUGGCAAAGUCCAAGUCAUCGGCACUGCUAGUAUGAAGCCCUGGAAAUGUGACGGUCUUUGGAGUCCCGAUGAAGACGAGAGCGAGGAUCAGGGCAGGAACAAUAUCCAGGAACCGGAUGUGAAUCAGAAAGGAGGCGAACAUAAAUCCGACGAUGAGCCCCCUCGACAAUUUACUUGCCCGGGCGAUUGGGAACUUGCCGUCGUGGCGCUCCCGCCAGAUAUCUGCUACCGCGGCAAAGGCAUCGCAGGGCGGGUAGUAAAGGCCUGCGAAGAUGAAGUCUUACGCCGAUGA